AAUAGAGCGGAGCGCGCGGCCCGACCGCCGGCAGCUGGAGUGGGCUCACCUGCGGCAGGUGCUCCGGCAGGUGCUCCGGGCCGACGCGACCUGGGCCGACGCGACCUGGACGAGCGAGGACCGGCACUGCGGGAAGAUGCUGCGCGAGCGGACCGUGCGGCUGCAGUACGGGAGCCGCGUGGAGGCGGUGUACGUGCUGGGCACUUACCUCUGGACCGAUGUCUACAGCGCGGCCCCCGCCGAGGCCCGGACCUUCAGCCUGAAGCACUCCGAGCGCGUGCGCGUGGAGGUGGUGCGCGACGGGCAGGCCGAGGACGUGGCCACCAACGGCAAACAGCGCUGGCUCCUGUCGCCCAGCACCACGCUGCGGGUCACCAUGAGCCAGGCGAGCGCUGAGGCCAGCAGUGACAAGGUCACUGUCAACUACUAUGAGGAGGAGGGGACUAUGCCCAUUGACCAGGCUGGGCUCUUCCUCACAGCCAUCGAGAUCUCCCUGGAUGUGGAUGCAGACCGGGACGGCGUGGUGGAGAAGAACAACCCUGGAAAGGCAUCCUGGACCUGGGGCCCUGAGGGCCAGGGGGCCAUCCUGCUGGUGAACUGUGACCGAGACACGCCCUGGCUGCCCAAGGAGGACUUAAACGAUGAGAAGGUCUACACCAAGGAAGACCUCAAGGACAUGUCCCAGAUGAUCCUGCGGACCAAAGGCCCUGAGCGCCUCCCCGCCGGAUACGAGAUAGUUCUCUACAUUUCCAUGGCGGACUCGGACAAAGUGGGCGUGUUCUACGUGGAGAACCCAUUUUUCGGCCAACGUUACAUCCACAUUCUGGGCCGGCGGAAGCUCUACCAUGUGGUCAAGUACACGGGUGGCUCGGCGGAGCUGCUGUUCUUCGUGGAAGGCCUGCGCUUCCCCGACGAGGGCUUCCCGGGCCUGGUCUCCAUCCACGUCAGCCUGCUGGAGUACAUGGCCGAGAAGAUUCCCCUGACUCCCAUCUUCACGGACACUGUGAUAUUCCGGAUUGCUCCGUGGAUCAUGACCCCCAACAUCUUGCCUCCCGUGUCGGUGUUCGUGUGCUGCAUGAAGGACAAUUACUUGUUCCUGAAAGAGGUGAAGAACCUGGUUGAGAAAACCAACUGCGAACUGAAGGUCUGCUUCCAGUAUAUCAACCGAGGGGACCGCUGGAUCCAGGAUGAAGUUGAGUUUGGCUACAUAGAGGCCCCCCACAAAGGCUUCCCCGUGGUAUUGGACUCCCCCCGAGAUGGAAACCUGAAGGACUUCCCAGUGAAGCAGCUUCUGGGCCCAGAUUUCGGCUAUGUGACCCGGGAGCCCCUCUUCGAGCCUGUCACCAGCCUUGAUUCCUUUGGGAACCUGGAGGUCAGUCCACCAGUGACUGUGAACGGCAAGGCCUACCCCCUGGGCCGGAUUCUCAUCGGGAGCAGCUUUCCUCUAUCUGGCGGUCGGAGGAUGACCAAGGUGGUGCGGGACUUCCUGCAGGCCCAGCAGGUGCAGGCGCCCGUGGAACUCUACUCGGACUGGCUGACCGUGGGCCACGUGGACGAGUUCAUGACCUUCGUCCCCAUUCCGGGCAAAAAGGAAUUCCGGAUGCUCAUGGCCAGUACCGCAGCCUGCUACAAGCUCUUUCGAGAGAAGCAGAAGGAGGGCCACGGGGAGGCCAUCAUGUUCAAAGGCCUGGGCGGCAUGAGCAGCAAGCGAAUCACCAUCAACAAGAUUCUAUCCAAUGAGAGCCUCGUGCAAGAAAACCUGUACUUCCAGCGUUGCCUGGACUGGAACCGUGACAUCCUCAAGAAGGAGCUGGGGCUGACGGAGCAGGACAUCAUCGAUCUGCCUGCCCUGUUCAAGAUGGAUGAAGGCCGCCAGGCCAGAGCCUUCUUCCCAAACAUGGUGAACAUGAUUGUGCUGGACAAGGACCUGGGCAUCCCUAAGCCGUUUGGGCCCCAGGUGGAGGAGGUGUGCUGCCUGGAGACGCACGUGCGCUCCCUGCUGGAGCCCCUGGGCCUCUGCUGCACCUUCGUGGACGACAUCUCGGCCUACCACAAGUUUCUAGGGGAGGUGCACUGUGGCACCAACGUCCACAGGAAGCCCUUCUCCUUCAAGUGGUGGCACAUGGUGCCCUGAGCGGCCGGGGCGGGGGCUGUGCUGUGCGGGUCUCAGCCCGUCAGUAACCAAGAUUGUGGUGGGACCAGCCCUCGUGGUUCUUAUGAUUGCAAGAUGUUCUUCAGCAAUAACGAUCAGGAAACUUUGCGGGGGGGGGGGGGUGGGGUGGAGAAAAGGACGAUUAUUUCCAGGACCUGGAAAUUGCAUGGCACAACUGGGGCCACACAGCCAAGUCGCAGGGAGAGAGAGACAGCCCAAGCCUGGGGUUCUGCUUUUUGGGCAGUGGAGGGUCGGGGCCAGGGGUUUUGCAGCACCGGCGGGGAGUGGGGGAUGAGGAAAAUCUAGGGGCUCAAAUGGUCAGCUUUAGAAACCAGCCAAGAUUUCUAAAACGAAGGAGCCUGGGGCAGGAGGAAGCCUGGUGUUUUAUCUAGUCCUGUGGCUGGCAACAAACUUGCUUAUUGGAGAUGGCUUUCUUUGAAGCGGAUACCUCGCAGUCAAAACCCAAGUCAGGCACUUGCAUUACCAAAAAGAGAAAACACACACAACCGGGGCCUUGGCACUUCCUUCCUUCCUUCUCUAGACCCCUGGAACCGCCCCCCAAAGCUUCUCCCUGCCUGCCGAGGACUUGACAAGGACCGGACUGUCCCCACCAGGCCUCCAGGAAAGGGGAAGGGACCUGGGACAUCUGUGCCUUGCCAUCUCUCAGAAGGGCCCCAGCGUCCACCAAAGUCACCCCCAAUGAACCUCAACUUGGUACUUCCUGAAAAGAGCUGUGCCUUUGGCCAGCCUCUGUAUAGCCCUGACACGAAAAACCAAGAAACUCUGUACCCAAACCAUUCCCCAAAGAGUGCUUAGUCUCUUGUCCAAAAUUAAAGGAGGGGAGAAGGGAAGAAGGUUCUGGAAGCUCUGGGAUCACCAGCUCUGGCAGCCAUGCUCUGAAGGUCAAGGUCGAUCCCAUGGAAAGGGACCCUGGGACCCCCAGACGUACUUUGAACUGCCAUCAUCAUUUCAAGUUUCCCACUCCCUUGGAGUGUGCAGAGGGCUGCCUUCAAUUAUUCAUUCCUUCCCGGCCUCUCUCAGACCCCCUUGGCUUCCUCUCUGCAGUGUAGAACAUCCCUGACUAGCUUCCCCAUUCCCUGAGGGUCCAAUAAUUUAGCUUAGAACCUUCCCCAGAAGUGGAUUUUCUCAGACCUCUCCAUUUCCAAGAUGCUCCUUAUACCUCAUCUUUCUGAUGGACACUGGCUCUCGCAAACGCUUGUGAGGCUCCCCCCAGACCAGCAUCCUUGAACCUGAGAGUGCCGUGGGUAUAGAUGCCUGGGCUCAACCUUAUCCUUCUCCUGCCUGGUUCUCCAUUCCCUGGGCAAUCCCUGGCCUCCCUCCUCCCAUGCCUCCACUUCCUGUUCCCAAUCCUAUCCCUCCAAGCAGCUAGAUGGGACUGGUUCGCCACCAGCCAGGCUCAGGCCUGCCCCAGGUUAUAAUUAAAGACCCUUCAGUUCUCCCCAGACCUUAGACCCGACAUCUAAGGACCUGGGCUGGCCCCCAGCCCAACAGCCAGUACUGGACCAGCAGGUGGCCUUAGACACAGACUGUCUAUCCCAUGGAAGUUCACCAGCACAUUUGCUGAAUAUCCUCUCAUCUGCACAUAACCAGAUUAAUUCCCUGGCUCCAACCCAGAAGACUCAGUUUCCACUAAAAAAAAGUUCCUUGAGGGCCAUCUGAUGUCGGGAGAAUAAGUGAGUUAUAAUCCCACUUUGUGGGUUAAAAAGAACCAAUUUAUAGCCAAUGAGACUGUUAUAAAUUUGUAUUCUUUUUUUUUAAGAUUUUAUUUAUUUAUUUGACAGACAGAGAUCACAAGUAGGCAGAGAGGCAGGCAGAGAGAGAGGAAGGGAAGCAGGCUCCCUGCUGAGCAGAGAGCCCGAUGCAGGACUUGAUCCCAGGACCCUGAGAUCAUGACCUGAGCCGAAGGCAGCGGCUCAACCCACUGAGCCACCCAGGCACCCCUAUAAAUUUGUAUUCUUGCGAGAACAGGAUUUUCUUCUUGGGUUAUUUCAUUCAUGCUUUCAGCAGACGUUUCUUGUAUGUCUACUAAGGGCCAGGCACAGUGCUGGGCUCUGAGGAUGUGGUGGUCCCUAGCAGGCUGGACCUGGUCCCUGCCUCCUGGAGCCAGUCAGUUCUCAACAUGCCGUGUCCAAAUCUAAAUGGCCAACAUUUGCCCUUUCAGUGAUAUGCUCUUCCAAAGUGGGAACCCACUAUAUUCAGGAAAUGCCCGGGGCACAGACCUUCCUGCAAGUCACUAUUUUGGAUGAAGGUAGAGGGUUCUUUUCCAACCAGACCUCCUUUCCCACCCAGCUGGGCCAAUACCCACCCGACAGAUCAGACCCCAGAGCCUUUAGAAGCUGUUGUGCCCCUGCCUUUGGGGGGUCACAGCCCCAGACCUCUGCAACCCCAGAGCUGAAAACACCAAGUGCCUAUUCGAAGGUGUCCAUCUGGAGACUUAGAGUUUGUCGUGUGUGUGUGUUUGUGUGUGUGUGUGUGUUUGGUUAAUGUGGGGCUUGGGGUUUUCUUUCAUUUUUUUUUCUAGCCUACCUUUAAGGGGAAGUGAGCAUCUCCCAUGUGGAGACAGUGUGUGUUUAUAAAUUUUUCUAAAACUCUCCCCAUCGGUAAGUUGGUAAUUUCUGAUGAUUCUGGAGCCCCCAGGACUCAAACACCCAUUCCCAUCUUGCUUGCCCCUCCUACCCCGUGUGACUACCCGCAGCGUGCACAGCUCCCCUAGUCCCCAUGAACUCAUCGCUCUUCCCCAUCCCCAACUUUCUAUAAAUGUAGACCUAAGAUACAGUUAUGUGUUGCAAAACUCAGCUAAGUUCCUGUUUCGAUCUUUAUUUUGAAAUACUUUAUGUAAGAGGGAAGGGGAGGUGCCAUGAAGAUGGCAAGAAGCAGAGAAGUUUCAACUUUCUGGACGAGAGGCCAUGACGGAGAUCGAAAGAUGUUUGGGGAAGAGCCUAAUUAAUAGCAAUAAAAUAAACCAUCAGAAGGGAA